CCAGCUUCGCUUCUCGGGGCGGCGCCAUGCUGACAGCUGAAGCUGCACCGAGCCAAAGUGAUGCCGCAUUGCCCAUGUACCCUGGACCGAUCCCAGAGCUGGGCCCGGGCCGCAGCAGAUUGGAGAGCAAGGUCUUGGACGUUGAGAUGGACCAAUGCGCGCAGCAUCUCAUGGCCAUUGCGCACACCACCGAAGUAGCCAAGGCGGUCGUGGCCGUACUGGCUGAUGCAGGAUCCCGCCUGCAGCGUUGUUCAACCUCCAAGCUGAACCCUGAGCUGGGGAAAGAUUGCGAAGAAGCCAUGUCAGUCGCAUCUCGGUCCUUUCUGGAUGCUUGUGGGGGCCUGGGCGCUGUGCUGAUUGGCAUGGCCUCUGCCAUCAGCCAAAACGUGAUGCUACCACUGGAAUCUUUUCAUCGCAACGCCUUUGCGGACCAUGCAAGGAAGGCCAAAGCGCUCGAGGAGCUGCGACGGAAGGAACUCAGCUGUUCCAAUGCUGUCACCGAGGCCUUACAAAAACGAGAUCGCGCACGCGUGGGGCUGCAGAGUGCCAUGAGAGACCAGGAGAAGACCGAAAAGAAAGCCACUGAGAAGAAGAAAAGUAGCCUUGCCUCUCGCUUCCGAGAUGGGGAGAAGGACAUGGCGGCAGCCGAGCUAAAAGUGCACAAGGCCGCCACUGCACAGACGGCUUCCAUUGAAGAGCUGGCGAUACGUACAGAAGAGGCAAACGAAGCCCGGGUGGUCCGAGAGACAGCUUCCAAAGAUGUGAGGCUUCUGCAGAGCAAUGUGGACUUCGUUCGGAGCAGGCUUCUGGCGCGCUGCUUGAAGUCUUCUGCGGGCGCAUGGGCGGAGGCGGCUAAGGAGAUCCAGCAAGGUGCAGAGAAAUUGCGAGUUCAAGUCUCCAAGUUGCGCAGCAGUUUAGAUGGAGCUCCGGGUCGAACUGGUCUUCCCGAGUUGCCUUCCUGGGCAAUGGAGGCAUUGAAGCUUUCAAAGAGUCGGCCCUUCACGCUCUCUGAGCUGAAUUUGGACGACAACUUGGAGGAGGAUCAUCCAGAAUCUCCGUUCACGGCUCCAUCGCCUUCCUUGCGGUCGCCCAUCGCAGGUUCUCCGCUACUUGACAUGGCCGCCCAGCUCAGUUCGCGCGACGGGACGCCGGCCCAGUUCAUAGGCUGGUUCGCCCCAGCCUCGCCCAACACGAAGUCCACGCCGAAUUCCACGCCUUUUGAUUGAAA